UAUCGAUCUACUACUUUCCUCCUGUUUAUACUAAAAGUAUCAUAUACUUCCUAUCACCUAUUGAUAAUACUUAAUUCGUUCCUAUCUCGAUAUCAACUACCGUUUAACCCUCCAACGGUAGACAGACAGACAGACAGACAUCCAUACACAUCCUCCAUCCGCCACUCGGGUAUACAUUCAAAACCUACUACCACCACACAAACAACAGAAAACCUAUACAUUCAGUCAACAUGCAACUCCUCAAUUACCUCCCCGUCGCUCUCACCACCCUCGGCCUCACAGCCUCCGCCUCUCCUCUUCGUCGUGCCGACAGCCCAGCCCUAACCUGGCACGUCUCCAACUUCACCACCGGCUGCUCCCCGGCCGCCUGUACCUACUCUUUCAACAUCUACGGCGUCGCCACCGCCAACACCCCCGGGUUUAACGCCACCUGCACUGGUAACUCCAACAACACCGCCCUGACUGCAUGUGGUGGCAACCCCCAGGUCCAGUCGCGCAUCCAGCCCGCUACUUACCCGGAAUGGAACAUUCGGGUCGAGCAUGCUUGGACCCUGCCCGGCGACAUGGAAUUCUAUGCUUAUGGAGAGACCAAUGUCACCUCUCCGACACCGAGGUUCACCAUCCCUGUUACGGAGGAGUAUGGUGUUGCUUAAAUGCUCCUAGUGGGCUCGGUGGAAAAGGGGGGUAGGAAGUCAAUGACUUGAGGUCAUGAAUGGGUACUACAGUAUAGAUGAUGAAGGAUGGAAAGAGAGAAAAAUAAGUAUAUGCCUUUUUGUUUAUGUAUCAUAUUGAUUGGAUUUGAUGGGCUGGCUCUUAAUGGCUGUUUACAAAGUUGGUUUCAUUGGGUUUAUGAAUAGGGUUGAGGAUCUAAUGUCUGGUUACAGGAUGGUCUCUGGUCAUGAUGAUUGAUAGAUAGAUAGAUUGAUCUGGAAAGAUAUCAAUUAGUAUAGUUGAAUAUACCAAUAUACCAAUACCAACAU